AAUACGAGAACACCACGAACAUUAUGGCUGCGCAACCCAGCAUGGCUCACCUUGACCUCCCACGAAUUCCUGGAUCCAGAUCAAAGAGCUAGGAAUCGGGUAUUCGGCAUCGUAACCGUGCAAAAAUUAACGCGUAAAUUCGGCACUGUAGUAUCGCCGCCCAACUCAAAAACCCCGUUAUUCGUGCCUCACCAGGCAGCAACACCCACCAACCCAACACUCAAAAUGGCCGAUGCCACACAGAGCAGGCUGGGCAGUGCAGCCUCGUGGAUCGCGAAGGAGCUCGGGCUGCACACCAUGUACACGGCGGGGAAAGACGUCUACACGAUCAUUCUCGCGCGCUACCUACGCAUGUACGCGUACGGCUCCGUCGCGCUCGUACUGGCGCUGUACUUCCGCGCCCAAGGGUUGUCCGAUGCGCAAAUCGGCUUCUUCAUGACGCUCACGCUGCUCGGUGAUGUUGUUGUUUCGCUGCUGCUCACGCUGGUCGCGGAUCGCUUAGGCAGGCGCACGACGCUCAUGCUCGGCGCGCUGGGCAUGAGCGUGUCCGGCGCCGUGUUUGCGACGUCGACGAGCUAUCCUGCGCUGCUGACGGCCGCGGUCGUCGGCGUUGUGAGCCCGAGUGGGAAUGAGAUUGGCCCGUUUCGCGCCGUCGAGGAGAGUACGCUCGCUGGGCUUGUGGGCGAGGAGGGGAGAGCAGACGUUUUUACGUGGUACGUUGCGUUUGCGGUGCUCGGCACUUCCACAGGCUUGAUCGUCGGCGGGCAAGCCGUCGAUGCGCUCUCCGCGAGACACGACUGGACUGAGCUUGAUGCAUACCGCGCCGUCUUCUGGGUCUACACCGCCGUCGGCCUGGUCAAAGCACUUCUUACCUUCUUCCUCAGUCGGGCGUGCGAGCAACACACGCCACCAUCCAAACCUGUCCCAAGCGAAGGCGAAACAGAGCCCCUCUUGCCCGCUGCAGACGACGCCUCGCACCCGGUUGCGACCAGCAACGGCGAUGCUGAAGUUGCGGAGCGUAGUAAGAAGAGUUGGAAUCCAAUCGCCUCCAUCUCGCCCGCGAGUAGGGCGAUCCUGUUCAAGCUCUGCAGCCUCUUCUUCCUUGACUCGCUCGGCUCGGGCAUGGUGCCCUUCUCGCUCAUAAACUACUAUCUGGACCGCAAAUUCAGCCUGCCCAAGGGCAAGCUGGGCGCCAUCAUGAGCGCUACAUGGUUCCUCUCCACAUUCGGCAACAUCUUCUCCGCCUCGCUCGCGCGCCGUCUCGGCCUCAUCCCCGCAAUGGUCGCCACACACCUCCCCUCCUCACUGUUCCUAGCCGCGCUCCCCGCCGCCCCACAGCUCCCACUAACCAUCGCACUGCUCGUCGGCCGCAGCACAAUGAGCUCCAUGGAUCAGGCGCCGCGCAGCGCGUUCCUGAGCAUGGUCGUCCUGCCCGAGGAGCGCACGGCUGUCAUGGGCGUCGUGAAUACGCUGAAGAUCCUGAGCCAGAGCGCGGGGCCGUGGAUCACGGGCGUGCUUGCUGGUGGCGGCCGGUUCUGGGUUGCGUUUGUGGUCGCGGGCGGGCUGAAGGCGUGUUACGAUGUGCUGCUUUUGGGUAUGUUUGGGGCGCGGGGGUGGGCGCGGAAGCCGGGUGGUGUGGCGGGGGAGAGUCGGGGCGGGAGCGGUGUGCGUGAUGAAGAGGGGAACGACGGGCAGAGAGGCGGAGUCGCUGCGUCGACGGGGUGAGUGCGGGGUGGACGUGGAUGAGUCUGUGUUGCGGGGUUGAAACCCGGUGUCUAUGUGGUCUAUGGUAUCGUAUCGUGUUAAACUCCCCACUCGCCCCCUUUACAAUCCCCACUCUAUCGAUACAAUUCACGGGAAUCUAGUCAUCCCCCUCCACAUCCUCCUCGUCCACAAUCCCAAUCCCCUGCUCCAGCGUUCUUUGCACCGUCUCCUGCAGCAGCCGCAACACAGUCUCGACAUCAGUCGUCUGGACAUCGAUCUCGACCCCGUCCUCGCCGCGCAGCGUCUCGUUCCACAGCGCCUCGUAUUCGGGGUGAUUGGGAUUGAUGAGCUCGACG